AAGGCUCCAAUUACAUACCGUGAAACAUAACCUAAAAAUAGAAUGAUAAAUAUAAAAAGGUACAAAUUAUCUCAAAAUGUUCAUACAUGCUCUUGUAAUAUGAUUAUAGGGCAUAUAAGGAUUUUUUUUCUUUUUUUUUUUUUUUUUUUUUGGGUCACGUAUAUAAUACUUUAUUUACACAAAAUAAAUAUUUUUUUUUUAGGUAUCUAACUUUAUAAGACAAUGAUUUUUAUUAAUUUUUUUAUAAUAUUAAUAGUGAAUGAAUUAUUAAAUUUAUCCACCAUUUACUUUUUACAAGUUAAUAUUAAAUUGGUAAUAUUACAAAAAAAUAAAAAUAAAAUAAAAAACUUAAAAGAUGACACACAUUAUGAUAUAAAUUGCUAACAAUUAAAUAUACAUGACACCUAAGUCAUGUAAUCCUUUCAACAAGUGUUACUUAUAGGUUCGAGCUUUUAUUCUCACGCUCGGCGUAUCCUCUCUCAAUUUUUUAUUAUUUAUAACUUAAUUUUGCUGCCUUUAAAUUCGUUUUUACUCCCGAUGUAUGUCACUUAGCAUGACACACGUCAUCCGUUCUUACAUGCUACAUCACUCUGCAAUUAUGCAUACUCAUGUUCUUAUUGGUACCAAAUUUCUCGCGCUAUCUCAAUCAAGCCCUGUAUUGCUCAAUUCCACCGGAGACGAAGCCAAAACCGUCCAAUUCCACAAACUAACUAGAAUUGAAUCAAAUAUAUGCUCAUACCAUCGGAACCCACAUCCUAGAUUUGCACCCUGAUCCAUUUCACUGGAACAACAUCAUAAGAUCAUACACUAGACUAGAUUCUUGCAUAUCUCUCAUUUUCUUGAAGGCCAUAAGCCAAGAUUUCGAUGCUGAAUUGGGUCGGCAAAUUAGCGGUAAGGAUUUGUCUUGAGUUCACUGGAAGUGGUUCUGUUUGUAUGCUAAAGCGGGCGAAUUUGGAAAUGCAUGUAAAGUGUUCGAACAAAAUUCUGAUAGAAAGUUGGGUUCUUGGAAUGCGUUUUUCACAGGGACAUGGUGGGCGUGCUAAGGAAGCUAUAGGUAUGUUCAUGGAGUUGGAGAAAAGUGGGUUUGAGACUGAUGAUGUGACUAUGGUCAUCGACUUGUGGAGACUUGAACUUUGCUCUUUAGUUGCAUAAAUCUGUCUUCCAAGCAAAAACCUUGGAGAAAUGGAACAUUUUGGAGACAUGUAGACUUGGAGUUUUUGAGGAUGAUCUAGCAGAAUGUUUCUUCUUGGAUGCCCCUGAUUGUGGGUUAUGCUGCUAAUGGUUUGUGGGAUGAGGUUGAGGAGAUAAGGAGUAUGAGAAAGAGAAGACUCGUUGAAAUUCCUGGUUAUAGUCUGUCAACAAGAUCGCAUUAAAACAAAGGUUUUUUUUUUUUUUUUUUGUUUUUUUUCAAUUUUGUCUAUGACAUUUCAAUUAUUAUAUAUUCAUUAUAGCCUGGCAGCAUUGAAACAUGACGUGUUUCAAUUUUGUCUAUGACAUUUCCAUUACUGUAUUAUAUAAUUGUUCUUAUCCUUUUAACACCAUAUUAAAGCCAGCCAACCUUGGGUAGUUGGGCACACCAUUGACUCUGCAGUUCACAUUGGUAAGCAAAUAAAAUUCACACCUCAGUCACGUUGGAUACUUGAAUAUAAACCAGUUCAUAAUGCAUUUUGACAGUACAUCUAAAACACAUUUAGAAAUCUCUGUAUUGCCAUUUUGAUGGAGAGGAUUCACAUGAAUACUCUAAUAGGAUUACUGCUAGUGAAUUCAUGCAUGAUUCAUUUGGCUCUCUGUCUUUCAAACUUCACAGAUCAAUCCGCUCUGUUUGCCAUCAAGGCUGAGAUCAAUCUUCAACCACACAAUAUUCUGGCUAGUAAUUGGACCAAAACAGCCAACUUCUGCAACUGGGUUGGUGUCUCCUGCAGCCCUCGCAGACACAGGGUCACCGCGUUGCGGCUAGCUUCCAUGGGUCUCCAAGGAACCAUUUCCCCAUAUAUUGGUAAUCUCUCCUUCCUUGUAGCUCUGGAUCUUCGAAACAACAGUUUCCGUGGUACUUUGACGCAUGAGAUUGGCCGUCUGAGUCGCCUCAAAGAUCUCCUUUUAGAAACUAACAUGAUGGAAGGACAAAUACCCCCAACAAUACGCCACUGCCAAAACCUUGAACGCCUAUCGCUUGUGGACAACAGUUUCAGCGGAGUCAUACCAGAAGAGUUGGGUACACUUCCCAGACUCUUUUUCCUUGGCUUGGGUAGCAACAAUUUUAUGGGUCCAAUACCAUCAUCACUAGGCAACAUCUCAACAUUGCAGAUAUUUGGACUUGAACAAAAUCUCUUGACAGGUUCAUUUCCUUGGACUCUCUUUAACAUCACUUCUUUACGUUUCAUUUCUCUAACCAAUAAUAGCAUCUCUGGUAGUCUUCCGAUGAAUAUCUGCCUACUUUGGCCAAAUCUUGAAAGGCUUUAUCUUUCUUUCAACCAUUUCCGGGGACAAAUUCCAUCCUCGAUAUCUCAAUGUAGGGAGCUUAGAACACUCUCUUUAUCAACCAAUUAUGGAUUCGAGGGAACCAUUCCAAGAGACAUUGGGAAAUUACAGAAACUAGAGGAUAUAUAUCUUGGUCGUAAUAAAAUUACUGGAACAAUUCCACAUUCCCUGGGUAACAUUUCAAGUUUAUUACUGCUUGCAAUGGAAAAUAAUUACAUUCAAGGAGAGAUGCCACCAGAACUUGGCCAACUUUCAAGUUUGAUGGCAUUGAACUUUGGAGACAAUCAACUCACUGGAGUUAUCCCACAACAAAUAUUUAACAUUUCUUCCUUGCAGUCCAUUUCAUUGUCUAUGAAUUCGUUUCAUGGAUAUCUUCCAGCAACCAUUGGCUUUUCACUUCCUAAUCUUGAAUUACUGUAUAUUGGACACAAUUUGUUAAGCGGAAACAUUCCUACUAGCCUAGGCAACUCUUCUAUGCUCAGAGAAAUAAUCCUGUCUGCCAACUUACUAACUGGAGCAAUACCCACUACCCUAGGCAAUUUACAACUCCUUGAAGAACUAAUUGUGUCAUACAAUCAACUCACAAGAGAAAUCAGUAGUGAUGAACUUACUUUCCUCAUUGCCUUGACCAACUGCCAAUUCUUGCAGAUUUUGGAUUUGGGGGUCAAUCCAAUUGGUGGUAUCCUCCCAAAUUCAAUUGGAAAUUUUUCAAGUUUGCUUCAAGCUAUUGAAAUGCCUGGGUGUCAAAUAAAGGGUCCUAUUCCAGCUGAAAUCGGUUCAUUGAAAAACAUGAAUCGGUUUGAUUUGAGCAACAACAAUGUAAAUGGAUCCAUUCCAUCAACAAUUGGAGGAUUAGAAAGCUUACAAAGGUUGUAUCUUGAUGGUAACAAGAUCGAAGGACUUAUUCCCGAUGAGAUUUGCCAUCUUCACCAAUUGGGAGAGUUAUCUCUACAAGGUAAUAACCUCCUCGGACAAAUCCCUACAUGCAUAGGGAAUCUCAGUCAUUUGCAGCUGUUAUUCUUAAAUUCUAACAAUCUUUCUUCUGCUAUUCCACUGAGUUUAUGGACACUUCCAAAUCUUCUGCUUUUGAAUUUGUCAAGCAACUCCUUAGGUGGAUACUUGCCAUUAGAGAUGAGAAUGUCAAGAGUCAUUGAAAGCAUAGAUUUAUCUUUGAACCUCAUAGGAGGAAACAUUUCUCAAACUAUUGGGACCUUCCAAGGUCUUAGAUCUCUCAAUUUGUCGAGGAAUUCAUUACAGGGACCAAUUCCGGAGUCAUUUAGUGGCUUGAUCUCAUUGGAAUUCAUGGACCUCUCUUACAACAAUUUGUCAGGUACCAUCCCCAAGUCCUUGAAGGAACUUUCAUAUCUCAAAUACUUGAAUCUCUCUUUCAAUAAGCUCUCUGGAGAAAUUCCAGAUGGAGGAUCCUUUGUUAACUUUACAGCCCAAUCCUUUAUGGAGAAUGAAGGACUCUGUGGGCUGCCAAUUCUCGGAGUUCCAGCUUGCAAAAUCCCCAACACCCAAAAAACAAGGGCUAAACAAAUUUUUCUCAAAUAUAUUCUUCCAGCAAGUGCAUUAAUAGUAAUCUCUGUUGCUAUUAUGUAUAUGCUAAUAAAAGGCCGAGGAAGUAGAUUGCAAAAUCCAAAUUCAGUUGAAUUACCAACUACAAUGGAGCAUAAAAUGAUCUCAUUUCAGGAGCUUCGUCAAGCUACAAAUAACUUUUGUGAUGCCAACUUGCUAGGAGCAGGAAGCUAUGGUUCUGUGUACAGAGGAGUACUUUCUGACGGGGAAACCAUUGCUGUAAAAGUUUUGAAUUUGGCAUUUGACAGAGCUUUUAAAAGCUUUGAUGUAGAAUGUGAAGUGUUGCGAAAUGUUCGGCACAGGAAUUUGGUAAAAGUCAUAAGUACAUGCUCCAAUUCUGAGUUAAGAGCUUUGGUUCUACAGUACAUGUCUAAUGGAAGUCUUGACACGUGGUUAUAUUCUCAGAACUAUUGCCUGAAUUUGCUUCAAAGAGUGAGCAUCAUGUACGAUGUUGCAUUAGCUUUGGAGUAUCUCCAUAAUGAUCAAUCAGAACCUGUGGUCCAUUGUGAUUUGAAGCCCAGCAAUGUGCUUUUAGAUGAAGAGAUGGUUGCUCACGUGGGAGAUUUUGGCAUUGCAAAAAUUUUAGUUGAUGAUACUGCAGCACAAACCAAGACUUUAGGUACACUUGGCUACAUCGCACCAGAGUAUGGUUCCGAAGGAAGAGUGACAACAAAGUGUGACAUUUAUAGCUACGGAAUAAUGUUGUUGGAGAUGUUUACAAGAAAGAAGCCCACGGAUGAAAUGUUCACGGAAGACAUGAGCUUAAGGCAAUGGGUGAAUGCAUCACUUCCGGACAAGGUAAUGGAAGUCGUGGAUGCAUACUUGAUAGAGAAACAAGAUGGGAAAGAUUACAUGAACGUUGCACGAGCUUGUUUUCUAGCUAUAAUGGAACUAGGAAAGCAGUGUUCCUCAGAAUUGCCAGAAGAAAGAAGUGACAUCAAAGAUGUAGUGAUCAUGCUUUAUAGGAUAAAAUCCCAACUCCUUGUCAACCUACCUGCAUGAUAUGUUAGUGGAGGAAGUCAUUUUGUUCCCCUUCAUCUCCUGUAACAUUCUCCAUUCGUGCUUUAUUAGGAUCUAUUGUUGUGCCUUUUGGUCCUUUUUGUGAAAUCGUCCUGUAUUUUUGGCUUCUAUUUUUUCGCCCCCAUAAGUUUAGUGAACAAUAACCAUAUUUCAUUGCAAAUAAAGAUCUAUCCUGGUCAAGAGUAUUGACGUAA